CCUUGUGUGCUCUGGUCUGGACAAGGGGGUGCAUGGGUGAAACAUGGCCGCCGCAGACCCAGCGAAGUCUCCCAAACGGCAGAAAAUAGCCGAGGAGGAGGUGGAAACAUGUGGGGAGAAAACCGAGGCGGUGGAGUCGGGGUGCAGUGCACGCCAGAAAGAUGAGAAUACGUGUAAUAAAACUGGGGGUAGCCCCAACGAUGAGCAGAGAGCUGAUGUUGGCAGCGACGGCGGCGGUUGUGUUGCCAGCCAUUCGGAGGUUACUGUCGAGUCCGGUGCUGGAGCCGACAAAACGACAUGCAUUUUACCGGAGGACCUGAGAGCGGCUGAAAAAAUGGCCGAGGCCAGUGGCAGUGACCAGCGUCCAUUCGACUGGUCCGAGACUGAAGAUGACGGCGAAGAAGCACAGACGCACGCGGAGGAAAAUGAUAAGUGUGACCUCAACAGUGUCUGUGAGGAUGCUGAAGAGGUGCGGCAGGACAACCGUGUUGACAGUGACAUUGCCACAAAUGCAGAAGAGCCACAUGUGGAGGAGAAGAGCACAGUUAAACCACAGAAUGAGGAUUUUGUGGGCGAAGUGGACGGCAUAGAGGAUGUGGUUGAAGAUGAUGAGGAGGCAGACCAAGGGGUGGAUACUGAUUUGACUGCUAAGCAGAAAAAGUGCCGCUUGGUCUGCAAAGAGUGCGGGAAGAGGUUCACCCGCCGCGAGACGUUUAACCUCCACCGGCACUUUCACGCGCAUGAGGACGAGCUCACUCCCCUCACCUGUAAAGAAUGCGGCCUUACCUUUCAGCACCGCAGCAGCCUCAUCAAACACCGAAACGAACACAGGGAGAAUGAGGAGCUGCAGCUCGUCACUCCAAAAAAGGAGGUGCAAACGAUGGAGGAGGGCAUUUUUCAGUGUGCAGAGUGUGAGAGGAUAUUCUCCACAGUCAGCCAGCUGAGAGACCACAACUGCAGCAAUACAGUAGAAAAGCCUUACCACUGCCCCCUGUGCCGCCAAGAGUUCCAGUUUAAGGUCUCCGUCACUAAGCACAUGAUGACCCAUUCUCACGAGAGCACCUUUACGUGCCAAGAGUGCAGUCAAACUUUCCCAAACACUACAGCCUUGCGCUUCCACCAGAGGUGUCACGCCGCCCUAAAGCCCUAUGAAUGCCCCGAAUGCGGCAUGGUUUUUAAACACUACUCCGUCAUGGAAGACCACCGUCGCAAGCACACCGACAACAGCCGCUCUCACCUGUGCAACAUCUGUGGUAAGACUUUCAAGUACAGCAGCCUCCUUCAUCAGCAUCAGUAUCUGCACACAGGGCAGAAGCCCUUCCGCUGCCCCGAAUGUGGGAAAAAAUUUGCUUUUGCCCAGAACAUGAAGGCGCACUGCCGCCAGCAUAGACUGCGUGAAACCUCCUGUAGUGCACAGACCAGUAAGCAGGCCCCUGCUGCCGAACAGGAGGAGGUAAGAGGGCUGGGAAAGGAGAACGCACACCAGAGCGAGGAACCAAAACGCACAUUUAACUGCCCCCUUUGUCCCCAGACAUACUGUGCACCAGCUAACCUGAGAGCUCACAUGCUCAUUCAUGAAGCCGAGUAUGAAAAGGUGGAGAGAUCACCCCGGCUCCCAAAGGAUGCAAACAAGUACUGGGAUAAGGGACACACCUGCCCACACUGUCCGUCCAUUUAUCGGGACGAGUCCAGUUUAAAUGUGCAUCUUUUAAGUGUCCACAAAUCUUUUUCACAGUAUUUAGAAAGACUGGCUGCUCCACCUAAAAAACAAUUCACUCCAUUCACCAGUGAUAAUGUGCAGGUGAAGUGGAAAAGCGAAAGCAUAAGUGUUAAGUCGUACAAGUGUUCAGAGUGCGGAAAAACUUUCCGCCACCGUUCAGUGUUGGAACUGCAUAUGCGCAUACAUUCCAAGGACAAGCCUUACCAGUGUAAAGUGUGCGGCAAGGGCUUUAGAUUCAGUAGCUAUUUACAGCAGCAUCUCAUCAUUCACACAGGCAAGAAGCCAUACAAAUGUCCAGACUGCGGGAAGGACUUUGCCUUCCUGCAGAACAUGAGAACGCAUCAAAAGCUGCAUCAGGAAAAACCGUUCCGCUGCACCAGCUGCCGCAAAGGCUACAGCGAUGAGAUCCAGCUGCAGCACCACAUGUUGUCACAUAAUGGUGACAAACCUCACAAGUGUGACCAGUGUGACAAAAGUUUCGGGUUAGCAUAUCUGCUCCGUGAUCACAUGAACACGCACACAGGAGAGAGACCUCAUCGCUGUGAUGAGUGUCACAAAACCUUUUCGUGGUUUAGUAGCCUGCUGGUACACCAGAAGAUCCACGCUCGUAAGCGGCAGAGUUUCAGCCAGUACAGUUCUUUCCCAAUGAGCUCUAGGAUGAGGGGGAGGGGGAGGAGGGGUGGGAGGCCUGUGUGGGGAUUUUCUAGACCUUUAGGAGGCUCAGGGAUGACUACUCCUCAGCAGCUUUCUUAUCCGGUUUCUGUAGUGAGAGACGCUGAGCUCCACAGGAGGGCAGUACAGCCGCCAUCUUCCAUGCAUGCAUCUCGCAUGGAUUUACAGAGCAGGCAACAAAAGGAGCAGUGGCUGUCCGAGCUACACCCUCAGCCAGUGCAGUGGAAGGUAGAUGGUGGGGAAGUAAUGCCCGUUCCAUCAUCGCAGCACCAACAUGGAGCCCCCCAGCAGACACAGUUUGACAGCUCAGUGCUACAGCAGCACCAUCGGACAAGUUCAUCCUGGGCAGAUAUUCCUCUGAUAAGUCAGUCAGGCUCCACGUCUGCUCAGAGUUUAGAUUCGGCACACACAAAAGACGGCGCGUCUUCUGUUGCCGCCUCUCACCUGGCGUCCGUGCCAAAAAAAUCCAGCCCGUCAGCAGUGAACGAGAUGGUGCAGCACAGGCAGCACAAGCCUGUUUCCUGGAGCAGCACUCCCACAUCUACAGUGCUAGCUUCCACAAGUUCUGUGCAACACGAAUUUUCUGUUCCCUCCUCCUACAUAGACGGGGCAGCUCUGUGGAGUGUCAGGCCUACUCCACUAUUAAAUUCACAGGGCUCGCCAAGUAAGCUCGGGCAAGAGCUUCAGCUGCCAAGAUGGUCAGUUACCCCAGUGUCCUCACAAAAGGAGCCGUCAACACCUCCUAAGAAGGAGGACAGAGUGUGGGACUUGAGUAAUCCUCAAGUAAUACCUUCGACUGUUAGCCAGCCAGAGAAGCCAUGGAACGGCUGUGAGCCGCAAAAGCCAUGGGCUUCUGGCUUAGCAGGUGCAUCCACCUCAGCUCAAAUAGACCAAAGCAGUGCUAUGCCAAUUUCCAGUCCUGUCUCACAUGGGGCCAGCAGCACCUUAUGGGACAUACAAACAACACCAGGAAUUCCAAAGACUAUAAACUCCACUGAGAAGUUAGUAAAUAAUCAAGAUUUUCAGCUGCAGCAAAAGCAGACGUCAUCUGGCUGGGCCAAUGUACAGACAGCAACACAGAAGGUUCCCAUCUCCAUUCAGUACGAGCCUCAUCGUUUUGGACAGGGCAUGGGAACACCAGUAUGGGGCUUCCAAAACAACCCAGUGGGUCCUCAAACCCUGCUUUCUGGGCAACUCAAACCAGGGAAUGGACAGGAGCUGCAGCAACAACCAAUGGUAACAGGCACUCAAAUAAUCAUAAAUCAGCCUUCUCCUUUUUUCUCACCUCCACUUGCUCCGCUCCCUCCUCUUGCUUUGCCUGGCCCUCACCCUCUUCACUCUGUCGCAGUUGGUGCACUUCCAAGACCUCCACACCCAAAUAUUUUUUUCACACCACAGGCAGUCAUGAGCGAGAGGCCACACAUGCCACAGACCCUGUCCCUACCUCAACUUGCCCCGCGGACAGAACCUCACAAACUUGGAACUCGUUUGCCUUUUGCCCCUGAACGGCUUCUCCAGUGCAUGAUAUGCGGGUGCUCUCUUCCUCGGGAGCUGGAUUUACAAAUGCAUUACUUGCAACAUGCACAAGGAGAGAUUUGACAAUUCUACUCUAGCAACAAGACUUAGUUCUAGAUUUUUGUUUGUUUGUUUGUUUGUUUGUUUUUUAAUAAUUUUAUUAUUUGGUGGAACCUCAUUUAUCACACAUGGAUGAGCAUUAGACAAAAAGAUGGGGAAGGUGAAACAUGGUUUAGCCUGUACACUUGUUACAUAUUUGAAGUCUUUUGGCUCCAGAUUAGAUUGCACAGUCAGGGUGUGUUUUGACAUGAAGGGUGUGUACACGUGCCAUUCAAAGUGUUUUGCUAUCUUUUAAAAUGCAUAUCCAAAUACUUCUAGAUUAAUGAGGUUCUACUGUAAGGUCUACAUUUCAUUUAUUGCCAGUGACCUUUAGAUUUAGAUAAUAUUAGUACUUUUCUAGUUCCGGUCAUAUGUCCUGAAUCAUUUGUACUGUGUUUCUUCAUGUACAGUAUACUGUGUGCCUUUUUAUGAGUACAGUCUGCAUGUCUGCUGUCUUUGGUAUCCUAGGCCUAGUUUGUGCUUAUUAAGGUAGACUCAACAAUGUGACCUCACUCCCAAAAUGCAGAGCAACUAUUUCAAAGAUACUGUAAAGAAAUGUGUGUUUUUGCUUUUGGAGAAGUGAGGGGGAUUGUUGCGCUCACAGAUUAGAUUUGUCAGAACAUAACAAGGAAAAAAAACUGUACACAUACAGUAUAAACCUCUUAGGGAGCACUUGUGAUCACAGGGCCACUGGCCCGGUCCAAAUAUGCGACGAGUAAAAAGCAAAACUAUUUCUAAUAUGUAAUUGUGAUUUCACGGUAAGAGUUUUAUGUAACUGCAACACUUGGGGUGGCCAUUGGGGCUGGGGCAAUUUGGCACCUUUACACAAUUAAUGACUGUUGACCAAUUUUGUAAGAAAUGUUAGAAUUAUGUGAUGUUUUGUCAUUAACAUUUUUUACAGUGGCAAGAAAGGAAAAUAAUUGGUUACAUACAUUUUUUGCUUCAAUUGGUCCAGUGUGCAUCUCUAAAUAACUAUUUCAGAUUGGAAUGUACCCAUGUUUGUAAAAAUUAAUUCCACUUUUUAGUGCGUAAAUGUAUUUUUUUUGUGAAUAAUGAAUGAUCUCAUUCCGUAACAGUAGAUCUAGGUGAGUACAUCAUCACAUCUCCUUCCGUUAUGAAAAUGGGCAUUAGAUUAGCUCUGGUGGCCCGCCAAGUGACUGACAAUAUUCAUUACUGCUAUCUGCUGUAGAAAUAAACAAAUGGUUCAUAUGUAAAAAUAAAAUGAAAAAAAAAAAAGCCACAAAAAGAAGGAAAAGCUAAACAACUUCCUGUGCAUUUCAACAUUCAUCGAUUCAAAAACAUGCCCUUCUACCUCUAUCCACUGUUUUAGCAUGGAAGAUUUUUCCCAUGAUGUCUACAUAUUGGAUUAAAAUAAAAACCUGCCUUUGAUUAUAAA